AUGACACCUUCCAGAAGAAUUACAACCCCAGAGGAUCUCCAGAAGUGGAUCGAUUCCCCUUCCUAUCAGAAUAUCGUCCUGUUUGUUCUGGAUCUUCAGCAGCUGGUGGAGGGCCUUACAAAUGAUGCCCCAGUACCCGCUUCAGAAGCUUGCAUGAAGUUGCUAGACAUAAUGGCACAAGUGGACGGUAUCAUUGAUGCCAAUCCAGUUGUUAUAGAAAAAGAUAUCUCAAGAUUUGGCAAGGUUGAGUUUCGAGACUUUUACGAUGAGUUGCAACAGAAUUCACAGAACAUACUAAAGCCGUUAUGGAGCCAAAAGACGACACAUCAAGAUGCGGAAAGAUUUGGAGAAGAGCUUGCGACUUACUUCAGUGAAUCAUGGGGAAAUCGCACGCGUAUUGACUACGGCUCUGGCCAUGAGCUUAACUUUAUUUCAUUCUUAUACUGUCUAUACAAGCACGAGGUGAUCCAGAAAGAGGACAUGUCUGCAGUCACCUUAAAAGUGUUCACUAAGUACAUCGCAAUCAUGAGAAGAUUGCAAAAAACAUACUGGUUGGAACCAGCAGGCUCACACGGAGUGUGGGGAUUGGACGACUACCACUUUCUCCCCUUCCUUUUUGGAUCGGCUCAGCUAUCCACCCAUCCUCACAUGAAACCAAAACUGAUCCACAAUGAAGAAUUGGUGGCAAUGUAUCAUGAGAAGUACAUGUACUUGGAGUGCAUCUAUUUCAUCAACAAGAUCAAGACAUUGCCCACACAAGAUAAAUUGAGCUUAAGGUGGCAUUCUCCUAUGUUGGACGAUAUUCUGUCGGCCAAAUCGUGGCAAAAAAUCAAGGACGGAAUGAUAAAAAUGUACAAGGCCGAAGUAUUGAGCAAAUUGCCAAUUGUCCAGCACUUUAUGUUUGGCGACACCAUACCAUGCCCUGAAGGUGUUGGGGAACAUGAGCACGUCGAAGAAGAUUGUGGCCAUGUCCACGUAAACACUUGGGGAGACUGUUGUGGUAUUAAGAUUCCCAGUGCUAUUGCUGCUAGUGAAAGUUUGAAAAGGAACGGGUUCAAGCCUGUGCCCUUUGAUUAG